GCAGCUCUGUGUUAUGGGGGACAUGAAAGAAACGAAGAUGCAGAUAACGCCGGAAACCCCGGGCCGAGUCGCCGUCCUCAACCCCUUUGAAAGCCCCAGUGAUUAUUACACCCUUCAGGAGCAGAUCGUCUCCAGCCCUUCAGUCUUUAAGUCGACAAAAUCCUCAUCCACACCAGGAAAGUUCAGAUGGUCCAUUGAUCAGCUUGCUYUAAUUAAUCCCGUGGAGAUUGAUUCAGAAGAUGUUCGACGCCAAGCGAUGUAUUUGAGUCACGCUAGAAUUGAUAAGGAGAUGGARGAAAGAAGGCAAAAAGCCAUUGAGGAGUUUUUCACUAAAAGACUCAUAGUUCCUUCUCCUUGGACUGAACACGAAGGGAAACAAGUUUCUCAAUUUAAUUCAACUAAAUGCAUAGAUUUAAAUAACAUUUCUCCGAUUGGAAGGCAACUACCUUUGCAACCUGGAAAAAGCAAUGCUGCUUGUCAGACAGUGUUGUCUUUGCCCGUGGAUUUUAAUUUAGAGAAAAUACUAGGUGAAUAUAUCAGAACUGACGAAUUUGCAGAUCAGUCUCAGGAAAAUUUGAGCAGCUCUUCGCUCAGGAGAAAGCUGUUUUUAGAAGAAAAUGGGAAUGUGUCUGAGUGCCUGUCCCCUUCCCUGCAAAGUCCAUGCGGUAGCCAGCCCCUCGGAGUGCUUUGUUCCAUAGAUAUAUCUCCAGUCCGGUGCAGAAGCCCCCUGGAAACCUCCGGUUCAGCUCAAUUUUCCUCCAGCCCUAUUCAAGGAGGAGCAAGGGCUUACAGCCUGGGGAGCAUAACCAGCCCCCCAUUUCCAGAGGGCUCCCCUGCACAUAAUGGAUCUCCUACCUUUUCACCAAUUGCUUUCCAUAUAAGAAAGACACCCAUGUCAGGGGUCGGCGGCACCGCCGAGGUGCCCCACGGCGGCGGCGCCAUCAGCAUGGACACCUCGCGCAUGUGCGUGUCGCCGCUGGCGGAGAGCAGCGCCCUUCCCGCCGACGGCAGCAGCCUCCAGGUGGACAGUGGCUAUAAUACACAGACAGGAGGAAGCAGCAUCAUGGAUAUUGCUGGGAUUGAGAACAGYUGCAGAGAGAAUGAUGUGAGCUCGCAUGUCUUUCAGAACAAAUCUCAGCUUCUCAGAACAAAGGAGUGUUCUGCCUUAAACCAUAAGGACAAUCAGUUGCUGAGAGCAAAAUCUCCAGAGAAGCAAUCCUGUUUCCAUAAAGCAAAAAAGCUUAAUAUAGUGUUUGGUCAAAAUGCAACUUGCAACAUUUCUACCUGGCAGCAUAACAAUGAAAAUCAAAUUGAGGGAUUUCACAGAAAUGGAUCUCCAGUCCCAGGAUACUGGAUGGAAGUUGUCUCUCCUCUUCAACAGCCCACAGAAGUGCCGGCAUCCGAGCGAUUAGAGCAGGGCUGGUGAGGAGCAGCCCUUGUGCGUCAAGCCCGAACCAGGAUCACUCACAUCCACAUCUGGAGGCAACUGAUGGCAUUUUAUAGAAACUUCAGGAGAAGUAUGAAAUAURAAAGUAUGAACUGAGUUUUGUGGCAUUAAAAAGCAAUGUCAGAACUGAGACUUGUGUGCAAAUAUUGUAUGAAUAGAAGAGUUCUUUGAAAAUUUUCAUCAAUACCUCUUGCCAGUGAUGGCUUUGGGAACAGGAAACCUAACCAACCAGGGAAACAMCAGCAAUAAAAUGUCACUUAAUCUUUGUUCUAACAUUGGGAAAAUCAUUUAAUUUUAACCAACAAACCUGAGAGGGAUUGUUUUACUACCAUGAUGACUUAAUCAAUUCUUCUGUAAUAUACAUUUGAAUAAUACAGGGAUUGAUAAUUAAACCUAAUUUUCUGAUGAAUCAUCUAUGUUUCAUCUUGAAACUGUGCCUACUAAAACCUGAAAAUACGCAGAACUGGUAACUUGAGACAAUUGCAAGUAGUUUGGGUGGAGAAGAUCCUUACACUUCUGAAAGAAUGAGUUGGAUGGGGGCACCCAAAAUAUUCUUAGCUUUAGCUUAUAAGGUUUGUAGCUCAAAGGCAAGACAAAUUCUUGUUAGAGACUUCAAGUUCUUUGUCACCUUGUUCCUUCUGUUACCUGUGGUACUUGACUUAACGUCUAAUCCAUAGAAAGGACAAACUUCCCAAAUGUGCCAAGGAUUAAUUUUUUGCCAGUGAGAAUUUUGAAUCCUAAUACCUGUCACUCUAAGUGGGAGAUGUAUCUGCAGGCUAGUCCCCCUUAUGACCCAUUUCUGAACUGUUCUGUGUAAUGAGUGCUGAAAAUGUGAUUUUAUUUUUUUAAUUAAGCUUUCUGAUUCUUUAUAGUGUUUCRUUCGAUGAUCAAAGACUUUCAAAGUGGUUUCAAAUAAAGCAAUCACUAAAAUAUUUAAUGGCCCCCGUCAUGAGUCUCUCCUUAAAGGCAAGGGAAGGUUACCUCGCAACCGAGUGAGAGAGAAGCAAGACCCCUCUCCUCCCCUAUAAACUCGGUUGUCUCCUAUUCUACAGUCUACAAGUAGAUUGUAGCAAGUUGAAAUUAGAAAUAUUUACUUUAGGAGGACUUGCAUCUUUUUAUUAUGUUUAUGUAAUCCUCUGAUAGAGGAAAACUGCUGUACAAAUUAUUGUGGAAUCAUUUGA